AUGGUCCGAAAAAUUACUGUUUGUAUUGUUACCGAUGAAAUAAACAUUUAUAUGUUGUUAACAUUGUAUGCAGGGUGUUGUGUGUGCGCGCCGCAAGGCAGCGUGCAGGGCGGCGUACAGGGCGGCGCGCAGGUGCCUCCCGUUUCACACUCCACAGCGCCGCCCGGCGUCGGCGGCGUCCGCAGAUUCAGUCAAUAUACCAGGGGGCGUGGGUACCGAGACUGGCGCACUCGAGGGGACCCCACUCUUAUCAACUCGCUGUGGCGCAGUCGGCAGCCAUUAGGCAUAAGGAAGCAGCUGGGGAACGCAGAAGUAUAUAUAGUUCUGGCGCUGCUGAUCGGCGUGGUGACCGUGGUGGUGGGGUGCUGGCUGUCAGACAACUGCUGGUCUCCGGAGCCCGAGGAUCUGCUGGCGGGCGGCUGA